AACCGAGUAGCAUUGAAUCUGCGGCUUUCAUGACGUCUCCCUGCGAGGUCUAUCUCUUUGCUCCUAAACGAGGAUUUAUUCCCUCUCCCUCUCACGGCUGUCCCUCAGUUUCCUCGCAGCCGGACUUCCUCCUCCGUCCCUGCCCACACGCGCACUCCUCUGCCCCGCGGUGGCCCCAGCGCCCAGCCCUCCAGCCAGAGGGAGCCAGUCACCAGACGGCAGCACCUGGCUGGAGAGGUUGGGCGGGCCGAGGGUGGGGAUCCGCGGGAACCGGCGAGCUGGAGCUGGAGCAGGAGCUGGACCCAACCGCUAGCAGCAGAAUGGAGUCUCCCGAAAGCCUGCCGGGGCUGAUGUGAAAUUAGACCAUCUGCUUCCAGUUGGUCUGUUUCCUCCUCUUCUUGUAUUUUCUUCCCUCGCCAUCCACCGUGGAGUGAAUUAUUGAAUCUUGCUCCGUUCCAAGAGAGGCGAUCAGGAUGGAGUGAACCUACCCUGUCCACCACAAGGAAAAGCACAAAGAAGAAAUGACAAUGGCCAAGUUAACUGAAUCCAUGACUAACGUCCUGGAAGGUGAUUCCAUGGACCAGGACGUGGAAAGCCCAGUGGCCAUUCACCAGCCAAAGUUGCCUAAGCAGGCCAGGGACGACUUGCCGAGACACAUCAGCCGAGACAGGACCAAAAGGAAAAUCCAGAGGUAUGUAAGGAAGGAUGGGAAGUGCAACGUGCACCAUGGCAACGUGCGGGAGACAUACCGAUACCUGACGGACAUCUUCACCACCCUGGUGGACCUAAAGUGGAGAUUCAAUCUGUUGAUCUUUGUCAUGGUCUACACAGUGACGUGGCUUUUCUUUGGGAUGAUCUGGUGGCUGAUCGCAUACAUCCGGGGAGAUAUGGACCACAUAGAGGACCCCUCGUGGACUCCCUGUGUCACCAACCUCAACGGGUUUGUCUCUGCUUUUUUAUUCUCCAUAGAGACAGAAACCACCAUUGGUUAUGGCUACCGGGUCAUCACGGACAAGUGCCCUGAGGGGAUUAUUCUCCUCUUAAUCCAGUCUGUGUUGGGGUCCAUUGUCAACGCCUUCAUGGUAGGAUGUAUGUUUGUGAAAAUAUCCCAACCCAAGAAGAGGGCAGAGACCCUGGUCUUUUCCACCCAUGCAGUGAUCUCCAUGCGGGAUGGGAAACUAUGCUUGAUGUUCCGCGUGGGGGACUUGAGGAAUUCUCACAUUGUGGAAGCCUCCAUCAGAGCCAAGUUGAUCAAGUCCAAGCAGACUUCAGAGGGGGAGUUUAUUCCCCUCAACCAGACGGAUAUCAACGUAGGGUACUACACGGGUGAUGACCGGCUCUUUCUAGUGUCACCAUUGAUUAUUAGCCAUGAAAUUAACCAACAGAGUCCCUUUUGGGAGAUCUCCAAAGCCCAGCUGCCUAAAGAGGAACUGGAGAUUGUGGUCAUCCUGGAGGGAAUGGUGGAAGCCACAGGAAUGACGUGCCAAGCCCGAAGCUCCUACAUCACCAGUGAGAUCUUGUGGGGUUACCGGUUCACACCUGUACUAACGCUGGAAGACGGGUUCUACGAAGUUGACUACAACAGCUUCCAUGAGACCUAUGAGACCAGCACUCCGUCCCUUAGUGCCAAAGAGCUAGCGGAGCUGGCUAACCGGGCAGAGCUGCCCUUGAGUUGGUCUGUGUCCAGCAAACUGAACCAACAUGCAGAACUGGAGACAGAAGAGGAAGAGAAGAACCCGGAAGAACUGACAGAAAGGAAUGGUGAUGUGGCAAACCUAGAGAAUGAGUCCAAAGUAUAGGCCCAGCUGGGUCAGCCUCCCCCCUCAGACAUGACCCCUCCUUGUAGGCCCAGCUGGGUCAGCCUCCCCCCUCAGACAUGACCCCU